AUGGUGGGAAGGUGCCGUGUGCCCCAGCUCCUGGUUCUUGUCACGUUGGUGCUCAGCGGGGAGAGAGCCGCGGCACAGAGAGCAGGUUGCAAGAGUGUUCACUACGACCUUGUCUUCCUCUUGGACGCCUCCUCCAGCGUUGGGAAAGAAGAUUUUGAGAAAGUUCGUCAGUGGGUGUCCAAUUUGGUGGAAACCUUUGAGAUUGGCCCAGACAAGACCCGAGUGGGGGUGGUGCGGUACAGCGAUCGGCCGACCACGGAGUUCGACCUGGGCAAGUACAAAACCCGUGAGGAGAUCAAAGAGGCUGCACGACAGAUUCAGUACUAUGGGGGUAACACCAACACUGGAGAUGCUCUCAGGUACAUCACCACCUACAGUUUUUCCAAAGAAGCUGGUGGGAGACUUAGUGAUCGAACUGUUAAAAAAGUGGCCAUCCUUUUGACUGAUGGAAGGAGCCAGGAUUUUGUCUUGGAUCCAGCCACUGCAGCCCAUCAGGCUGGGAUUAGGAUUUUUGCUGUGGGUGUUGGAGAAGCCUUAAAAGAGGAACUUGAUGAGAUUGCUUCAGAGCCCAAGUCUGCUCACGUGUUUCAUGUCUCUGAUUACAACGCCAUCGAUAAAAUUCGGGGGAAGCUGAGGAGGCGUCUCUGUGAGAAUGUCCUGUGUCCAAAUGUCCACGUGGAAGGAGACCGGUUCAAACACACCAAUGGGGGCACUGAUGAGAUCCCAGGAUUUGACCUGAUGGAUUCAUUCAGUGUGAAGCAGAUUUUUGGAAUGAAAGAAGAUGGGAUUCAGAGUGCUUAUGUACGGCUUGGAAGCUUUCCUGUUGUUCAGAAAACUGAGGAUGUAUUUCCACAAGGCCUGCCUGAUGAAUAUGCCUUUGUAACUACCUUCAAAUUCCGGAAGGCUUCCAGGAAGGAAGACUGGUAUAUCUGGCAGAUUAUUGACAAGUAUGGCAUACCACAGGUGUCGAUCAGGCUGGAUGGGGAGAACAAGGCUCUGGAGUACAACGCCGUGGGGCUCACCAGGGACGCCGUCAGGGUGGUGUUCCGGAACGCGCGCGUCAGCGACCUCUUCGACCGCGGCUGGCACAAAAUCGCCCUCAGCAUCCAGGCCAAGGCUGUCUCCCUGUACAUAGACUGCAAGCUGGUGCAGGUGCUGCCCAUUGAGGACAGGGAGAACAUUGACAUUCAAGGAAAGACUGUGAUUGGCAAACGCUUGUAUGACAGCGUCCCCAUUGAUUUUGAUCUCCAGAGGAUGGUGAUUUACUGCGACUCCCGGCACGCUGAGCUGGAGACCUGCUGCGACAUUCCCUCUGGACCAUGCCAGGUCACGGUCCUGACAGAAGCACCUCCCCUGGAAGUGAGACCCACUGUUGGCAGUGAGCAAGUUGGACAUCUCAAGAUUUUCAACUGCUCUUGUCCUCCUGGACAAAAGGGGGAGAGGGGUCCACUUGGCUUUGAAGGUCCCAAAGGUCAAAAGGGAGAAAGAGGCAUCCCAGGGCUUCCUGGACUCCGAGGAGAAAAAGGAGAGUCAGGCAAAGCCUAUGGCAUAGGAGAGAAAGGAGAAAAGGGUUCCCUGGGCUCACCUGGCCCCCCUGGGAGGGAUGGAGCAAAAGGAGAAGCUGGUGAACGAGGACAUCCAGGGGCCUUUGGACUGCCUGGGCCACCAGGUCCAAAGGGAUCCGAGGGAAAACAAGGUCCUCCAGGCAUUAAAGGCUACGUAGGAGCACCGGGUCUACAAGGAGAAAGAGGAGAAAAGGGAACACGAGGAGACAAGGGAGACAGAGGCCUGGAUGGAUUCCCUGGAAAGCCAGGUGUGGAGGGGAAACAGGGCCCUCCUGGCAGCCCUGGCCCUCCUGGUGCUAGUGGGACCAAAGGAGACAAGGGAAGCUAUGGUGAACCAGGACUUCCAGGAUUGCCUGGCACUUCAGUGCAUCUUGAAGGCCUGAAAGGAGAGGAAGGAAAGCCUGGGCCACGAGGACCACAAGGCCACCCUGGACUUCCUGGACCUCCAGGAGAGCCUGGUCUGGAAGGCAAGCCUGGAGUCCCUGGUUUGCCAGGUCCAAGGGGUAAAAAGGGAGAACCAGGAUUCCCAGGAAUCAAUGGUCUGAUUGGCCCUCAGGGACCUCCAGGGCCCCCAGGCACGGCUGGACCCCCGGGACCGCCUGGACCACCGGGACUGCCAGGAGAAAUUGGAGUUUCUGGUAAAACUGGACCACCUGGACCACCUGGGCUGCCUGGCAAAGAUGGACUCAGUGGGCUUCCAGGGCUUCCAGGUCAAAAGGGAGAACGAGGGGAAAAGGGUGAGGAAGGCUUUCCUGGAAAAGCUGGCCCUAAGGGUGAACCAGGGAGCCGUGGCCAACCUGGUGAGCAGGGUGAAGCAGGUUUUCCUGGUCCUAGGGGAUUACCUGGACUGAAAGGAGAAAAAGGAGACCAGGGAGAAAAAGGAAGAGACGGUCUCCCAGCAAUGAAAGGUGAAAGAGGAGAAAAAGGUGACACAGGAUCCCCUGGACCCCCAGGCUUACCUGGAACACCAGCCUUCUUCACCCCACACCCCAGGAUUCCUGGUGAACCUGGACCAAAAGGGGACAAAGGAGAUCGAGGAGUGACUGGAGAACCUGGAUUACCUGGGGUCCCAGGUGAGCAAGGUGUGCCAGGACCUGCAGGAGUACAGGGUGCAAAGGGGGAGAAAGGAGCCCGAGGAGAGGCUGGAGCCCCUGGGGAGACUGGUUUGAGUGGACCAGCAGGGCCCCCAGGUCCAAGAGGCUUGCCAGGAAAUGUGGGUGUUCCUGGAGGCCCUGGACUCCCAGGAAAGGCAGGAGAAAGAGGGGAAAAGGGUGAUCCUGGAAAAGAAGGAAAAGUGGGUUUACCUGGGCCACCUGGUGAGCCAGGGCGUGCUGGAGAGCCAGGUUUGCCUGGGAAGGGUAGAGAUGGAGAAAAGGGGGAAAGAGGACCACCAGGCUUGCCAGGACCCUUUGGACAUAAGGGUGAGAGGGGAGCUCCUGGCCUCCCUGGACAGCCAGGAGACAGAGGAGUGCCAGGAAUUGGCCUGGCUGGACCCCCUGGCCCUGCAGGACCCCCAGGAGACAAAGGGUCACUGGGUCCCCGUGGUGUGCCUGGGAUCCCUGGACCACAGGGGCCUCCUGGCCAGGAUGGUGUACCUGGAAAUCCAGGGGAAAGAGGACCUCCUGGAAAACCUGGUUCCCCACCCCUGCUUACUCCAGAGGACAUAAAUCUCCUGGUAAAGGAUGUGUGCAGUGAGUGCCCUCCUGGCCCACCAGGACUGCCAGGCAUCCCAGGUUUCAAAGGGGAUAGAGGUCUGCGAGGACCACCAGGGAGAGAUGGCCAGGAUGGGAAACCGGGGAUUGCUGGUCCCAGAGGUCCUCCAGGCCCACCUGGGCUCGAUGGCCCAAAGGGUGCUAAAGGAGACCGUGGCAUGACUGGGGAAGUAGGAGAAAAAGGUGAACAGGGCCACCCUGGAAUGCCUGGCUUCUCAGGGGCUCCUGGAAACCCUGGUCCACCUGGAUCAGAUGGGGCACCUGGACCAAUAGGACCAGCAGGAAACCCAGGAGACAUGGGCAAAGAUGGUCCCCCAGGUCCACAGGGCCCACCAGGGCUGCCUGGACUUCCAGGCAUUGCUGGGAAUGAUGGCAAAGAUGGCAAACCAGGAUCUCUGGGGGAGCCGGGAAAGCCUGGAGAACAAGGGCUCCCAGGCCGGGAGGGUGCCAGAGGAUUGCCGGGUUUCAAAGGACAGAGAGGAGAUACAGGUCCCCCAGGUCCCCGGGGGGAGCCAGGUGUGAUGGGUCCUGCUGGUCGUGAGGGGCCACCAGGGAAGGAUGGUGAUCCUGGUCCCAUAGGACCACAGGGGCCUCGAGGACUCCGAGGGCAGCCGGGCAAAAAUGGAGUGCCUGGAUCUGCAGGAGAACCUGGCCCAGCUGGUAUCCCAGGUCCCAAAGGAAAUAAAGGAGAAACAGGCAGCCCAGGACUCCCUGGCUUUAUAGGACCCCGAGGACCACCUGGAGAACCAGGAGAGAAAGGUCCUCCUGGAAAAGAGGGCACACCAGGGAAACAGGGUGCAAUUGGCUCCAAAGGAGAGAGGGGAGAACCUGGCAUCAAAGGUGAAAAAGGCCUUCGAGGAGAAAAGGGUCCUCCUGGUGAUCCCGGGAUACCUGGCCACAAGGGCCAUCCAGGACUGAUGGGUCCCCACGGACCUCCAGGAGACACUGGGCAAGUUGGACCUCCUGGUCCUCCAGGGCAGCCAGGAUUUCCAGGACCAAGGGGAGAGCCCCCAUCUCUAGAGACUUUGAGGAGACUUAUCCAAGAGGAAUUAUCCAAGCAGCUAGAUGUAAAGUUACCCUACAUCCUGGCUCAGAUACAGCCUGCACAGGUAAAAGCAUCCCAUGGCAGACCAGGACCUCCUGGUCCCCCUGGGAAGGAAGGACUCCCAGGAAGAACUGGCCCUCCUGGGGAGCCUGGCCGGCCUGGGCAGACUGGGUCUGAAGGGCCACCUGGACCAAUUGGUCCCAAAGGAGAAAGAGGAGCAAAGGGGGAGAAAGGAGACACUGGCAUUGGUCAGCGAGGGGAAAUGGGUCCCCCAGGAAUUCCAGGCCUCCCAGGGGAGCCUGGUUAUGCCAAAGAUGGGAUGCCAGGACCUCCUGGCCCUCAAGGUGAAGCUGGUGUGCCAGGUCUGGCAGGUCCCCAGGGGCCCCCGGGAGCCAAUGGACAGUGUGACCCCUCUCAGUGCGCUUACUAUGCAAGCCUGGCUGCCCGGCCCUCCAAUGUCAAAGGGCCAUAGUGUGCAGAGAGCACCCCCAGACUUGUUUUGAAAACUUGAAUUCCUCACACCUGCCAAGAGCUCUCCAAUGUCUUCAGCUGCGUUUCUUUCGCGGGAGGCCUUCUAAAGCCAACAAAUGCUGCCGGUCGGUCAGAUUAUUUUUAUGAAUUAUAAUUAUUAUUAUUAUUAUUAUCUUUGAUGUGAUAUGUGAACUUAUUUUUUUGUUUGUUUUCUCUAACAUCAGGGCAUAUUAAAUUGCU